AUGGCGGCCUAUCCCGAGAGGUGCGUGGACUCAACAGUGCUGGACUUCGUCGCAGACCUGUCCCUGGCCUCCCCGGAGGGCCCGUUCCUCUGCGAUUUUACGCCUGGGGUCCCCUUUGGGGACCGAGCCCUUGCACUACGAGAGGGAGGACCCAGGAGGUUGGUGCAGGAGGAGGGGUACCAGGAGGAUGAGGCCGGCGAAGUAGAUGAGGGGGAGGAGGAGGAGGGAGAGCAUGAGAGAGGUGCCUCCAUGCUGGGUCGUCCCAAGAGGAAAAGGGUGAUCACUUACGCCCAGCGCCAGGCAGCCAACAUCCGCGAGAGGAAGCGGAUGUUCAACCUCAACGAGGCCUUCGACCAGCUGCGAAGAAAGGUGCCCACUUUUGCUUAUGAGAAAAGGUUGUCCCGGAUCGAGACCCUGCGUCUGGCCAUCGUCUACAUCUCCUUCAUGACAGAACUUUUGGAGAGCUGCGAGAAGAAAGCAAACAGCUGA